AUGAGCGAGGAAAAGGCAGGAGAGGUGGCUGCCACCAGUCCUCCUCCAUCUGACCAACAAGUGCCCAGUAAUGCGGACCAACCCUCUUCCGAAGUAGCCCAGACGCACCGAGGGCAACAGACAGACCCAACUUCAACAGAGCCGAUUCAACAAACUCCUGCAUCUGAAUCCAAUGACCAAGUAUCCGAGCCCACAAUCGCUGCGUCGGGAUCCGAGCAAGACGUCGAGGCUUUGACUGCUGUUCAGGAUCGCAAUGAGCACGGUGCAGAGAUCGCGCACGCUGACGAUGGCGCACCACUCAACUCAGCAACAUCGUCUUCUACAUCUCAGGCGGCAGGAGCACCGGCCAAGAAGUUCACCUCGCUCAAUGUCAACAAGCGCUUCCUUGGAAAGGCCGUGCCCGCCCCUGCAGCUGUUUCGCCAGCCAAUCUCAAGCUCGGCACCUCCGUCUCGCCGCUGCCCUCGCACCGCCUUUCAUCGCCCUCAGCUUCGUCUCGUCUGACAUCUGCCAAGCUGUCCAGCGUGCCUAAGCCUCAGCCAGCAGGAUGGGCAACCAGCAAACCGGCAACGCCGACGUCCAAACCCACCUCCUCUUCUCAGCCUACGCCAGCCGGUGAGCCCACCCCCGCCUCCACAGCCAACGCCGAUGUAUCAACAUCCGCCAAUGUAGCCACCGCCACGGACUCUGCACCGGCGGAAGCUACCCAAAGUCCUAGACCAGCCAACCAGCCAGCUUCGCAAGUGUCCGUCAGCUCGGCAGCAGCUUCCACAGUCGGUGCCACUGCUUCGCCGCGACUCGUCAGCAUGGGCAGGGACUCGCCCCGACCAGGCUCCGCUGGCCUCGAUUCUGGCUCCGGCCACGGCAGAGCUAGCCCUGGUCUUCGCAACGCAGCGCUCGGCUCAUCGCUGCGAGCUCCCAGUCCAGCCAAUGUCAGCCGUGCUCCUUGGGCUGGCGUCAAGUCAGGUCUGUCUCCCAAUCCCAGUUCCAAUCGCGUCAACACCCUUUCCGACUUCCCCACCGCCGCCGAAGCCGCGCGAGCAAAGCAGGAGCAGGAGGAGAAGGCAGCAGCCGCCGCCGCACGCGAGGCCGCCAGACAGCAGGCGGCUCUCCAGGCGCUCGACCGCUUCCGAGGCGCUUCUCUUGGUUCCGGCAAGCACUGGGACGAGAUGGAAGACGAGGAUGGCGGCUUCCUUGGCGAGGUGGUCGAGUUUGGAGACGGAACGCAGUACAAGAUCCCAACCUCCAACGACGGCUCAAGAGGCAACGAGGACGACGGCCCCCCUGUCACCAAGGACGAGCGCUUCAAGGAUGUCAGUCACGACCGCAGCUGGCCGCAGCGCAAUGCGGCACGGCCCACGCCCACCGCUCCCAUGGAUCGUGCGAGACCACCGGCGGCUGCCACGCCGCCCGCAUGGGGUCCCAUGAAGAACCGCGAGAUGGCCGCUCCUGCUGCGAGCGAACCAGUGCAGGCCGCAAGCCGUCCCUCGCGCUCCGAGCAACGAGCCGAAAAGGUCAUCAUCCCUACCACGGGAGCCUCCGUCUCGUUGCGGUCGCCAAUCGAGAGCAGAGACCCGCCAGGAUUCUCGUACGGCCGAGAACGCCGGCCAGGUCCUGGCGCGGCGCCUUAUGGUGGACGACAGGAUCAAGGUGGGGCUCCGCCAGCCAUGCAGGCCGCUUCGACGCAAGCUGUGAGAGCUUGGGGACCGCUUGCUCAGCGUCAGGCUUCGCUCAACCCAGGAUCGACACCGCCAGCAAGUGCUCCUUCCAGACCAGCUCCGUCUGCUGAGCCACAACAGACCACUGCAGCGGCCCCAGUAGCUCUCGAAGCGGCGAGACCUGCUGACUUGCAUCUUGCUCCACAACAGCAUCAACAGCAUCAACAGCAGCAACAGCAGCAGCAGCAGCAACAGUCGCAGCAGCAACAGCAGCAGCCAGACGUGCCGCGGGCUGCUCCACAUGCGAUCCGCGAAAGAAACGCAGCGCCGAUUCAGCCAGCAGCUGCGGCGCCUCCCAGCAGCAAUGGUCGCCCUCUGCCUCCCCACCUCCUCGUCGCAGGCUCCGGCGACGGUCAUGCCACCGCGCAAACGAACAGGCCUUUGCCUCCACACCUCGCACAGAACCUGCGUCCUGCCGCUGCCGUUCCUGCUCAAUCGGCUGAUCCAGCAGGUCGUAAGACAUCUCACUCGUACGAGGAGACACGACGACCGCGCGAUCCUGCUGCGCAGCCAGCAGCGCCCCCUGUAGCAAAUCAGCCGGUUCCUCAUCAGUCUCAGUCGAGGCCCCAGAUGGGCGAAGCCGGCCAGGGCAGAGCGCCGUGGGGACCCAAAGCGGCUGCCCAGACCAGAAGCCAGCCACCCGCCGACGCAAUGGACUCUCAGCACCAAGUGCAGGCUGCGCCCGAACGGACUGCGGCAGUAUCUGAGGAGGACGUUCACGCUUCCAUCGAGCGUGCUCGAAAGCGACGUGAGGAGGAGGAGCAGGCGAGACUCGCUCAGAUUGAACGCGCACGUCAAAAGGCUCUUGCCAUCGAGGAGAGAAUCAGGGCAGCCCAGCAGCAGAAAGAAGCCGAGACGCAGAGGGAAGCCGAAAGGCGAGCAGCAGAAGCAGCCAACGCCACCACCGCCGUCAGCGCCGACGUGUCGAGGAAGACUGGACCGGCAGACAGCGCAGCUUCAUGGAGGACCGCGCGUCCAGAGCGUGUUGCAGGGGACAAUGCUGCGCCGAGGUCACGCCAGCAACAGACCACGACGAUGCCGACGGGUCCUACUGCUGGUCCGACCGUCACGAGUCCUCUCGAGCAGAACCGCAACGGCAGGGUCGUAUCGUCGCAGCAAAGACCAAUCCCCGAAGACGAUCGCCUCGCCAUUCGACGAGAUCAGCGAGAGCAGGCUUCGAGCCCGCACCAGCAAAGAGGCGCAAAUGUCCUCGACCUUGCGGCCACAUCUGGUCUGCCCUAUGGGGACGGUCAAGCACGACCUAGGGAUCUUGCAUCAAGACUGGGAGCCGUCGAAGCACCCAAGACUAUCCUUGCAAGGCCCGUCAAGUCGCCUCCUGCGCCUCAGCCUACUGAGACUCGCGGUCACCAGGCCGCGCCAGCUCAGAAUGGUAUCGCAGCGACGCAGAGAACGGUCCCCUCGGUACAAGACCGAACUGCCAGCAAGGCGUCCCUCUCGAAGCCAAGAGAGACGGCAGCGCAAGCACGACUGCCCCGAGCCUCGCCUCCUGCACCAAUCAAGGUGGCAGAGCCUGUGCUGGCCCCUGUUCCAGUGCGACUGUAUCCUGUCGUCCGCAAGGAAGCUCUCGAGACACGUUCGGAGGCCGCGCAGGACGCACCACCCGCAUGGAACCGCUUCGUGGUGCAGUUGAAAGGCUCACGUCCUCAACCCAAGCUCAACCGCUAUCAGCAGAAGCAGCUGUUCGCCAGGAUGGCAGCCAUGAAAGCGCCAGGCCGAGCUGUGUAUCCUCUCACCUGGGAUCCGCCCCUGGUUCAUCUCUCUAUCAAGACGCUUUCGCGCGACGAUCAGCUCUUUCCGAAGCGCUUCUAUCGCGGUACUGUGAUCGCGCCGGUCAAGCUUCCAACACGCGUUCUGCCUCGCGGACUCCCUUCGAUCGUAUCGCAGAUCGCCUCGCAGGGCGCUGGAUCCAGGAAGCAGGCUCGUUUCGAUUUGACGCCUUACUGGUCCGAGGGUCAGAGAGCGACAGGGCUCAGCAAUGGAUCUGCAACCGACGCUCAGGCUUCGAGCACUCUUCCAGCCAGUCAGAUUCAGGUACGCCUCCCUGGCCAUCACGCCACCGUCAUCCAGCCUCACGGUACAGACGCUAUGCAGGCUGCCCUGCCAGCGGCAAAUCGCCGAGCACAGAACUUUGAUCCCACAACGGAUGCCAUCAUUGGUGAAGUGCUCAUGUCGGGAGUGCCCCAGUCUGCGUACGAUGACCGCAGCCGAACUGCUCGCAAUGCAACAGCAUCCGCCGCAGCACAAGCGCCUGGCUCGCUGGGUCCUCUCGACUAUCCGCAGAACGGCUACUCCGCAGACGCAUUUGAUUCGCACAACUCUGCCGGCGGCUACCGAAUCAAGGGUCGAUCCGGAGCCAACAACGCCGCAGUUGCCUUCUACGAAGACCGCAAAGUCAACACGCCUUCGCCUGUGUCGUUCAUGGUCAACAGCGAGAUCAAGGCCGAUGCAGGAGGCGCGCGAGGCAGCCUAUCGCCAUUUGUCAUUCCUGGCUCCACCCGAGCAUCUCAAGCUCAGACACCCGCCAGCGGAGGCUCGAUGCUGCCCUCGCCUAGCAUGUCGACGCAAGGCACUUGGGGCCAGAGCUCGCUCACCUUCCCUGUCCUCGAGACUCGCUCGUCGAACUUGGCCGAUCGCGAUCACAUCAAGAGCGUGUGGUCGCUGGCAACCAACUCGCACGCCGGCGAGACGCAGAACUCGCUCAGGGACAUUGGCGACGACUUUUUGCCUUCGGCCUUGCCUAUGAGCGUGCACGAUCUCCGUGCCGAUGACGGCCGGGCGAGGGCUCAGCGAGAGGGCGGCGAUUCGUGGGCAUCUUCGACAUUCAACCGGUACCAACAGUACGGGCGCAGUCAGCAUGAGAUGAACUCGAGCUCGCGCGACCUUUCGCCGGUGACAAGCCGAUCUAAUGGCUUCGAUCCCACCUCGCGAAGUCCUGGUCUGGGUAUGGACGCUUCCGCCGCUGCUGCGGCACGUGCUCGCGAGACGGGUCAGCAGUACCAGACGGCAUCGCAGCAGGCCUCGAACGCCUACUCGUCCCUGAAUGGCGGAGCUUAUGGCAACCACCAGACGUCCUCCUACUCGCCGCGAGAGCGGCAGCAAGAAGGUGGUAACGGACUGGGCUCAAGUGCUUUCGGAGCCUACGGCGGCGGCUACGGCAGCUCUGCUGCCGGCAACGUCUCGAGCAUGACCACCGACGCUCUGUACGCCAUGUCGAGCUACGAUCGCGGGUCGAUGACGCCCAACCGUUCGUCGUACAACCAGUACUCUUCGCAGGCUACCUCGGCCCGUUCCGCUCCCGGUUCGCCGUACAGCGGCAUGCGCAAUCACGCUGCCAACCUCGGCAGCAACGUGGCGAGCUACUCGCUCUUCCCCACCAGCGCCAGUGGUACGUCUGGUGGCAAGACGAGUGGCAUGGACGGCCUGGGCGUGCUGGACGAUAGCGCCACGUUCUCGUCCAACCGGAACCAGUUCUACAACGCUCGCGCGUACGGGCAGAACGACUCGCCAAAGUGGCCCUCGGCAACCACGCCCAGCGUCACCGGUAGCGUCCUGCGACCUGCGGCGAGCGUGUUCAAUCCGUCCAAGUUCACGGCUCAGCAACGUGCGCAGCAGCAGGCACAGCAACAGCAGCAGCAGCAGCAGCCGAUCGAUGAGUACGACCCCACAGCAGGCGCCAGCGCUGGUCCUAUUGACCAGUUUGGCGCUGCAGGUUACGGUGGUUUCUCGUCCAGUUCCGGACUGUGGUAG